AUGUGCCACCCCCUGGCCGAGCACGGCACAGGGGUGGGCAGGGCCAAAGGAGGGAAACGCCUCAUGCAGGGCCUGUUUUUUGCUCUGACUUCUCUUCGCUUGCUGUUCCUGGUUGCAUUUACCCUCAUUGUAGUAGUUUGUCUAGAUCAGUGGAAGCACAAAAUCUGGCCUGAAAUUGCAGUGUCAAGACCUGACGAAAUAGACAAUGAGAGCUGGGGAUACGUUCACCCUCGACUGCUUGGAGUGCCAGAGCUCUGUCACCACCUGGCUGAAGGAUGGGUGGCUGGGACCAGCUUCUUGAGUAACCUCUUCAUUUUCAAGAGGCAGAACCCUGGGAAGUUUUGCCUUCUAGUGUGUGGAGUCUUCACGUUCCUGGCUGUCCUGGGCCGGUACAUCCCCGGGCUCCUGCUCUCUUACUUGCUGUUGCUCUUCAUCCUGCUGUGGCCCCUGGCUGUGUACCACAGGCUGGGGCAGCGCAUGUACAUGAAGCUGGAGCCAGCUCUGCAGCGGCUGGAUUUCAGCGUUCGAGGCUACAUGGUAUCAAAGCAGCGGGAGAAGCAACCGCGUCGCAGAUCCCUGAACCCGGAGGCGGCGGAUGAUGGGAGUGACAGUGAGGAGGAGCUUGCUGCCUUCUGUCCCAAGCUGGAUGACUCCAUAGUCGCCAAGGAACUCACCAUUUCUGACUCAGAGCAUUCAGAUGCUGAGGUUUCCUACACUGAAAAUGGGAUUUUUAACCUUUCACGGGGCCAGACCCCCCUGACAGAGGGGUCGGAAGACCUGGAUGGUCACAGUGACCCAGAAGAGUCUUUUGCCAGGGAUCUCCCUGACUUCCCUUCCAUAAACCCGGAAGCAACUGGCAUCGAUGAUGAAGAUGACACCAGCAUUGGGAUCCCGAGCCUGGCUUUCCGCCCCCCAGGGAUGGAGGAUCUGCAUCUCCCCUACGACGAGGAGGAGCCCGGCACGCUGCCCUCGGUGCAGAACCUCACUGACAACAUCGCAGGGUUUGUCACCAGGGGGAUGAUCCAGCUGGCUCUGUCUGGGGCCCCUCAGCCCGGCCCCUCCCGCGGCGACCCCCAGAGAGCUGCAAAGACUUAUCUCAGAACAGCCAGCUCAGACUUGGACACGGACGCGGAAGGGGAUGACUUUGAACUGCUGGAUCAGUCCGAGCUGAACCAGCUGGAUCCCACGGGCUCACGGGGCCAAUAA